AUGUCGGCAGCCUUAUCCUCGUGGUUUAGUUCCCUAACAUCAUGUUUCGGCACUCGAAAGAGGACUGGAACAAGUAAGUCCGGUCGGGUUCUCGUAUCUGGCUAUGUGCUAAACCUGGCAGGCAUUGAAAAGAACAUCGUCGUCUUGCGAGACCAGCCUGCCGCCAUCCCACGGCCGUCGGCGGAGCCGCUAUGGUCGAGUGAGAGGACGUAUGAGAAGACGCUAGAGCGUGAGAGGGAGAGGACGCGACUUAGGAGACCAGCUAGCAGGGGGAGUUUUGCUAGGAAAAACUGGUUUGGAAGGCCCUCAUCAUCAGUACACCGGCUGCGGAUAUCAGGGCCGACCAAUUUCCGUCACCUACAAUCCGAGUCAUUCCAGUUUCCACCGCAGCCGUCGCGGCCACGCCCGCGUUCGUUCCGCCCGAUCGAGCUGAGUAUCUACGAGCCACAAAACCGGUUAUCACCAAUUCUGCCGCACCUCGAGUGGGAUAUCACGCCACCACCGCGGGCCUACACGGCCAACAGCUCUCGAUGGGAUGCCAGCAGCGGCACGACGCUCCACAACGAGCGGAGCUUCUCGUCAAUGUCAUUCCACCUCCCUCGAAAGCAUGUCCGACAUGAGUCUGGCCUCUCGGACACCAGCAUGAAUCCGCCAAGGAUACCGCCCAAGUCACGAGCGCGUGCGUCCACCGCUCCUAACCCCGGGCGUAUCGUUGAAAGAAUUGCCAGUGCGAUCCUCGAGAAAGAGCGGCUGCUGGCCGAGAUCGACUCGGUGAUUGAGCGGCAGAGUAUCUAUUUGGGCAGCCGGCCCUCAACCGGCUAUGACAUGCGGGACCUCGAGCCAAUGCCGUCAAUCCCGGCGCUGCCUGCGGCAGCCCCCUCAUUUGCGGAGCGACUCAGCAUCGAUGACCGCCCGCGCACCGCUCCGUCCCAGAUGAGAAGCAUAACGGUGCAAGAAAAGACGCUGGAGCUCACGGCCGCCGCACAGUCUCAGCCAUCACAAACGCCCUACGACGCCUCUCAAUAUCGCUCCUCCCGCGAAAACGACGACGAGCACCGCGAACCGCCGCUGGCCCCUCCUCUCCCCCUCGUCUUGAGGCCACCACUACGCAAGAAGAAGUCCUUCUCGCGCAUCUCCAACUGGCUGUUCCACCCGGACGAGACCCGUCAGAGCAGCACCGACUCGUCACCAACCAUGGUUAUAACCACGUCGCCGCGGCCCAUCAAAGAUUCCGACGGCUUUUAUCAAUGCUUGGCGCCGCCCGAGGGCCUGCCGCGCACCAGCAUGGAGACGUCGUCGUCAGUCUACACGUGGGAGUCACGGUCAGAAGACGACGAAGAGGAGACUAAGACGGUGCCUACCACGACGGCCUGGUCGCCGGAGCAGACGCCUAAGCAGGGGUCGUCAAGGCAUACCACGCCCGUGAUCGGGGUGGCUAAGGCAGGGUCAGGAUCCGAGAAGGGGACAAGAGGCGCGCUGGGCGUCGCUGCUAACUCUUUGGACGGACACCGGCCGCUGAGCGUAGGUGUUGCGAUUUAG